ACGAAGCCGAGUACACAGAGCACCGGAUCACAUGCACACCCAGCGCCCAGACCCGGUGCCGUUCUGCUCUGGCACCGACACCCUCCUCCCUCCCGAAGCGCCGCUUCAGCUGCCCUGCUGCCGCAGCAGGCAGGGAUGGAGGCUCUCUGCGGGCCUCAGCCGGGGCGGUUCACACACGGAUCAUCCAAGGGCGCCCAAAACUCUGCCCUACCGGGGGGCGGCGACAUGCUCCUUUGUUUCUGGCUCUCCGGGAAAGCACCACCCUUCCCCCCGCCAGAGCACGGCGGGGGACGCGGCAGCGGCCGGAGCGGGCCCAACACCGCCUGCGGGCCCGGCGGCCUGCAGCAGGGGCGGGGUAGCGGUAGCGGGAUGCCGUCCCCUCCCCGCGCCCCGCCGCCGCCAUGGCAACCACCCGUCGCCGCCGCCUUCCCCGCCCGUCCUCGUCCCCUUUCUCCCCGGUGCCUCUUUCCCCCCUCCGCGGUCUGACAGAGCAGAAGUGUUGCGCCCCCUCCCCGCGCCGCUCCCGUCCGCGGACACGCACCCCGGCUCUCCCAGGCCUUUCCAGAUGUUCAGCUGUCCAGUCAGCAAUGCUGCACAGCUGCUAUGACGUGAGACCAUAUGCCCAGCAGUCUCUGAGAGCUGUGGAGCCCAGCUGAGACCAUAUGCCCAGCAAUCUCUUUGGUCUGCCUGGGUAAAAUUUUGGUCAGAGAAAGGCACACAUCCAGAAAAAACAGGUAUGUUAUAGCCUUACAAUGAGGGGUUAACAACUAAUUUCGAGAAAAGACUGAUUCUGAAAAAGGCUAUUGGAGCAGUGAGAGUAAAGCGAAAAUGAGUAACUGCUUAUUUAAUGAGCAUUAUCUAUCCAGUCCAUGAGUUGGGUGCCUGUGGAGAAAAUGGGAUACAGUUGUGUAACUGACUGUGUCAAAACACAUAGGCAUAAAGGAGACAUGUAAAGACAGUAGAGAUGCCUUUUGUUUUGGCACUUGCAGAGCUGAAUGUUCAAUGUCAAGCAAUAGCAAAGCCCCUGCUACAGACCCCAGCUACAGGGGUGAGCAUUUAUUGCCUCUGGUAGCACUGUGGUAUGAAGUUAAGGGGGAGAUGGGCUGAAGGGGGCAGUUGUCCUGCAUUCCUUCUGGUAUUGCACACAAGUUUGGAAUAGUGUGCUAAACAAGGUGUCCUCCUUUGCCCACCAUUCACGCAGUCACUGUAUCUGCCUAUGGAUAUGUUUGUGUGUGUAUGAUGCUUGAAUGUUAAAAUAGAGACUGUCUUUUGGAUCUUGCUCAGCUGCAUGUCGCUUUAGUUCUGGGAGAAAAAUUCUUUUCUGACCCCAGAUAGGGAUCAGCUCAGUUUGUGCUCCAAAGAAUAGAGAUUAAUAUCCCCUGUGACCUUUUAGCCUAGCUGCUGCAGGGUUUUAACAAGUGGGCUUAAGACACUAUGUGUGGCAGCUAUGUUGACAUGAAUGUCUGUAAUGUCUCUUCUUGUCAAUGAUCCGUGAACUAAAGAAUCUCCAAGGAUAUCUUGAUGUGCUGUGGAGCUGUUAUGGUCUAGUGCAGGAAAGAACCCCACAAUGAUAGAAUGAAAAGUCUGGUGUCACAAGUAAUGUGUAAGGUAUUCUAAAUGUACCCGAUAACAGUUGUCCCUGGAUGUGUAUUUACUUAAAAGCUGUGGCUGUGAUAUGAUAGGAAAAACAAAUAUUUAAAUAAAACUCCCAACAACAAAAGAACAAACAGCAAAAGCACUGUGUACGACUUCUAUAUUUCUGGUUCCUUGGACUUUUGCAAUGUUGUAAGAACUCUAUAACAUAAUGUUGAACAGAUAAUAAAAAAAUAAGUACAUAAUGUGAAAAAGCCUCCACCUACUGCAAGCUAC